UGUUGUGAAUCAGUUAAGUUUUCAAUGAACAAAUUGUUAUUUUUCUAGACAGGGAACUUGUGAUCUUGGGACAAAGACCGCGGAAUAUUCUCCGAACAAUUACAAUUCCACCUUAAAUGUUUUCUGCGUCCGUGUUGUAGUCACAGUGGAAGCGUAGGGGCGCCAUCUUCGUCAGUCCACCUUAAGCGCACAAUGUGGCAAACGCAGGCGUAUAGCAAGGCUUCCGUUCCCAUUCUCCAGCCGGGCUCGCUCUGGGUCGGAGCGAUUCAGCGUCACUCACUUCAGAAACAAGAGAAAAAGACGCACUCGACCAAACCCAACGGAACCGCUCGACGGCCAUGUCCGAACCCAAGUACCGAGACUGGAUCCUGGAGACCAUCGAUUCUCUGCGCUCGAGAAAAGCACGACCGGACCUCGAGAGGAUUUGUCGAAUGGUUCGGAGAAGACACGGGUCGGACCCGGACCGGACCAGAGCAGAACUAGAAAAACUGAUCCAGGAGCAGACCGUUCUCAAAGUUAGCUACAAAGGAUCCAUUUCCUACCGGAACGCGGCGAAAGUCCAGAGGAAGAGUAGAAAGAAGAACGAGUUUACGCCCGGUGGCGGCGCGGAGACAACGAGGGAGCGAGGCAAACAUGCCAUGAGCAACAACGGAGACAGCGCGCACAGUUUCUCCGACCCGGAGGAGGAUGAUAGCGUGGACAAGGAGGACUCUGAACCGAGCCCGUCCCCUGACCCCCGGACCCAAACCACGGUGAUGAUGCCCGAGGACGAACAAAAGACAGCCCCUUCGACUAGCGGAAACGGCUGUCUCGGUUGUGGCGCAACGGGCUGCGCUGCCGGGAGCGGCUGUGAGGAAAAAGCAAGUGCGACGAGAGACAAGAGAUUAGGACAGACAGGCAGCGGCAUCCCGUCGCACGGACACGAAAUAAACACUCCCGUCGUUCACGACGCCUCGAGCAAAACCAAGGCGGCCCGGGGAGGAGUAGAGCCAGGCUCCUGCGGGGGUAAACCGACCAGCAGCAGCAGCGGAGCCGACGGAGAAAAGCAAAGUUGCCCCGAAAGCGCCGGUUCCAACAGCAUUCUCAUCCGACAGCAACAACCGGCUGCGCACAAGACUAAACUCCAGGCGGGCGGGGGGGGCGAAGGGGGGCAGGACAACUCGGAUCUGGGCGACAGACUCGUGGCCUCAGUCCGUAGCCUGGCCGAGAGGAACCGGGGCACAGCAACGACCAGGGGACACAAGCCGCUCGGCCUGAAGGAGAUUCUGGGAUACCUGAGCGGACAGGAGCGGCUCUCGGAGGAGAAGCUGACCCGCAGCAAAGUCAAAGUGGUUCUGGAGAAGGAGGUGUCGAGGGGCCGGCUCCACAGGACUCGCUGCGGGAACAUCACUCUCCCGUCAAGGGGGGCGGAAAAGGAAACUGUAGCUAAGGCGCCCGCCGCCAGACUUCUGAAGAGCGCACUGCAGGAGAAACACGUCGUGAAAAAGGCAACCCCCAGAGGUCAGGGGAUGAGGAUGACCCCCCCCGUCGCCAUGGAGACGGAACCUGGUCGCCCCGACGACAUCACAGAAGGCAGCGAGGCGUUGACUCCCGUGCCUAACCUCGCCAUGAAACCGGAAGCAACUGUGCAGCCCUGCAGCAAAGGGGAGUCAGAGGCGGGAUCUCCAUCCCGGGCUGUGUGUCCCUCUGCCCAGCGGGGCGUGGCCCCAGGGUGUGAGGGCGUACGAGUGGAGGAGAGCGCUGUCACUCCAGACCAGAUCCAAUCAGAUGGACAGUCCGAGGGAGGGAGUCAUACUUCCUCUGAUCUUAACAGUUGUAAGAUGGAGGUGGGCGUGUCCUCUUGCCUGCUCACACCCACAGCCUCCCCCAGUGACUCCGCCCUGCCAGAGGAGCGCAGGAUGAACGGAGAUGUCAGUGUGAAGGCGGAGGGGGUUCGAGGGAGCCUGGUGCUCUGGACAGUGUCAGACGUGGUGAGGUACUUCACAGAGGCAGGCUUCCCAGAGCAGGCCUUGGCUUUCCGGACACAGGAAAUAGAUGGGAAGUCC